AUGAAGAUUGCCGUUGUUCUCUCUUUCGUUGCUGCGGCCGUUGCCAAAGCCAUCGAGGCGCGUAAAGGCCACUGUGGUGGUGACAACUGCGCUCGAGAGGUUACCGGCACCCGGGAUGGGCUUGUGCCCCUUUCUUCUCGCCAGGCCGACUGCUCCAACUUUUUGAAGACAACUAUUGUCCCGGAUGCUACCACCGUCACCGUCACCGUCACUGCCGACGCCGACGAGACGUCUUCCAAGACGAAGCGUGGUCUUGAGCUCCCUGCUGCCACCGAGGCUCCUACUUCUGUGCCAGCCUACGCUUCCUCUUGUGGAAACGCCAGCAAAUACUCUUCUGCUUGCUCUUGCUGGGGGAUCACUCCAGCGGCGAUAACUGCUCCUGUGCCCACCGCGACCACCACCGUCACAGUCAUUGCCGACUUUUGCGAGGAUCUGUAG